GGGACUACUUUUCACAUUGGAAAACAUUGGAGAAGCGCAGUGAUCCCAAAGAGAAACGCACCGCAGACAGGUGCAUGACGCAAAACAGAAACCCCAGUAGUAGCAGAUUUAGCUAUUUUUAUAACCAAGAAACGCCGUCGGAAAACAUUGGACAGCCUUUGCAAUUGUACAGAAUGACAAGAAGUGUCUGUUUCCAUGAAGCUGUCGUUGGUUACCAUGGUAGAGUUGCCGGGAGUGAUUGUCACAGUUCAGCAAGCUAAACAGAGUCGGUGCUAGUAUCUGAUCUCCCUCCUUUCCCAGAGUGGUUGUCUACACCAACACACACCUUAUUCAUUCUGCUCUCCUCCGGCAUGUCAGGUGGUUACACUCCAGCCCCUGGGGGCCCCUUCUCAGCCCUGACCUCCAGUAUGUGGCCCCAGGACAUCCUGGCCAAGUACUAUCAGAAGGACCCAACAGAGGAGGCAGAACUGCAGUAUGAUGAGUUUGGCUUCAGGCUGGACAGUGAUGAUGGAGUCGAGCCAGAGCCGAGGCCAGAGCCCCAGAGAGAGGACCCCCAGCAGAGGCUGCGCUGGCAGGCCCACCUGGAGUUCACCCACAACCACACCGUAGGAGACCUGACCUGGGACCUCAUCUCCCCUGUCCUGCCCCGCUCUGAACGCCUCGGCUCCCUGGUGCUGGGGGGCAUACCACACAGCAUGAGACCACAGUUGUGGAUGCGUCUGUCUGGAGCUCUGCAGAAGAAAAGGACUACAGAGAUCUCCUACAAAGAGAUCGUUAAGAACAGCACCAACGACGAGACCACUGCUGCCAAACAGGUACUGGAUGCUGAGAUAGAGAAGGACCUGUUGCGGACCAUGCCCUCCAACGCGUGUUUCUGCAGCCUGCAGAGUGUGGGUGUUCCCAGGCUGAGGCGGGUACUGCGGGGCCUGGCAUGGCUCUACCCAGACAUCGGCUACUGCCAAGGCACAGGCAUGGUGGUGUCAUGUCUGUUGCUGUUCCUGGAGGAGGAGGACGUGCUGUGGAUGAUGUGUGCCCUGAUUGAGGACCUGCUGCCACCCUCCUACUUCUCCUCCACCCUGCUGGGGGUCCAGACAGACCAGAGGGUCCUCAGACAGCUCAUAGUCCAGUAUCUACCAAGCCUGGACAGGCUUCUGCAGGAGCAUGACAUCGAGUUGUCUCUGAUCACGCUGCACUGGUUCCUGACAUCGUUUGCCAGUGUGGUGGACAUCCGCAUCCUGCUGAGGAUCUGGGACCUUCUGUUCUACCAGGGCUCUGUGGUCCUCUUCCAGGUCACACUGGGCAUGCUCAAGAUGAAGGAGGUUGACCUUCUCCUCUCUCCCCUACAGGAGGAGGAGCUGGUGUCCUCUGAGAACUCUGCGUCCAUCUUCAACACGCUGUCCGAUCUGCCCAGCCAGCUGGGUGACGGGGCUGCUGUACUGGGGGAGGCCAUGAGGCUGGCGGGGGCGCUGUCCCAGGACACACUGGAGGCCCAGAGGAACAAACACCUGGCUUACAUCCUCAAUGAGCAGGCCCAGCUCAACACAAACAACUCCCAUACACUCAACAACAACCUCAAUAAAGUUGUGAGGAGACAGUCGCUACGUAGGAAGUCCACUCUGAGCUCUCUGUUGUGGGGUGAGGACGAGGCGGAGGCUCUCAAGUCUAAGAACAUCAAGCAGACAGAGCUGGUAGCAGCGCUCCGAGAGGCCAUCACCCGCACCGCUGAACACUUCCACUGUCUGGACCCCCGACACACCAGCACUGACCUGACUCCAGACUACUCCAUGGAGAGCCACCAGAGAGACCACGAGAACUUCCUGGUUGUGUCUCGUAACCGACGGAGACGGGCCAAAGCCCUGUUGGACUUUGAGCGCCAUGACGAUGACGAACUGGGCUUCAGGAAGAACGACAUCAUCACAAUUUUUUCCCAGAAAGAUGAGCACUGUUGGGUGGGAGAGCUCAAUGGGCUGAGAGGUUGGUUUCCAGCCAAGUUCGUAGAAAUCCUCGAUGAGCGGAGCAAAGAGUACUCUCUGGCGGGUGAUGACUCAGUGACUGAGGCGGUGACAGACCUGGUCAGAGGGACGUUGUGUCCUGCCCUGAAGGCCAUCUUCCAACACGGUUUGAAGAAACCCUCCAUACUGGGAGGACCCUGCCACCCCUGGCUCUUCAUAGAGGAGGCAGCCAGUAGAGAGGUGGAGAGGGACUUUAACUCGGUCUACUCCAGACUGGUGCUGUGUAAGACGUACAGAUUAGAUGAGGAUGGCAAGGUUCUCACACCAGAGGAGCUGCUCUAUAGAGCGGUGCAGUCUGUAAAUAUGAGCCACGACUCUGCACACGCUCAGAUGGACGUCAAAUUCCGCUCGCUCCUCUGCGUGGGCCUCAAUGAGCAGGUGUUACACCUGUGGUUGGAGGUGUUGUGUUCCAGUAUGCCUGCAGUGGAGAAGUGGUACCAGCCCUGGUCCUUCCUACGCAGCCCAGGAUGGGUCCAGAUCAAGUGUGAGCUCAGGGUUCUCUCGAAGUUUGCCUUCAGUCUCUCUCAGGACUGUGAGCUGCCUGCCAAGAAAGAGGAGAAAGAUCAGAGGCCACUGAAGGAAGGAGUCCAAGACAUGUUGGUGAAGCAUCAUCUCUUCAGCUGGGACAUUGAUGGCUAGAGACACACCCAAAGCCUGCAAAAAACUCCCCUGCCCAACACAUGCUGUGUGUCUACCAGAGUGAUCUUUCUGUUUCUUUCAUAUUGACUGCUAUGUCAGAACCCACUACUAGUGUUUCCAUCACUACCUCUCACUAGGAAGUAUUGUAAUUGUUCAGACAUUUGAUCAUCAUUCUACAAACACAUCGAUAUGCAUCGUGGUUUCCCUUCGUCUCAACUAAACUGCAUCCGAAGCCUUUCUACUGAGGAUAGUACACUAUAGGGGGCGCAUUCAGCAAGAUGCAACUUUUUGGAAUGUUCAGAUAGAAAUAAGCAUUGUAGAACAAACAUGCCUCUGACAUGUAGAAUAAGGAAUAACAUCAGCUCUAUUCAUGGCAUUUCUACCUGCAAUGUUUGGCAACUUAACGUGGCCAGGGUAUCAUUUGAGACACCAAAAGACUUUCCAUGUCUAUCAACUAAUUACAUUUACUUUCUGAGCUUGCUAACAAAUCAAAGGUCUUUUGAUGUCUAUUAAGGAAGCAAUUAGUAUGUAACCAAGGUUGAUAGUCCUGGCUGUCACCAUGGCUGUUAGUUCUUGGGUGAAGCUACUGUGUAUGUUGUCCACACCAGUGUUUCUGAUACUUUAGAUCAGGUGCAGAAGAGUAGGAAUAUACAGAAAGUGCUGAUUGUAGCAUUCCUUAGGUACAGAGUAGUCAACUCUACUGUGCCAUAUGAAGUAUUUCCUCAGACUCAAGGACUGGGGUGUAUCACUAAGAACCAAACCGGGAGGAAUGUACCUGAAUUUGUCCCAGAGAAACUUGUUUUUGUUGUGAAACGUUUUGCUACAGUGGGCACUGAUCUGAUGUCGUAGUACCACCUGUGUCCGUGUGUCCUGCUACCAGUACUGUAGUAGGAUGUGCUGAUUGAGAAGUGGAACGUACUCCUGUGUUCCUGCUACCAGUACUGUAGUAGGAUGUGCUGAUUGAGAAGUGGAACGUACUCCUAUGUCCGUGUGUCCUGCUACCAGUACUGUAGUAGGAUGUGCUGAUUGAGAAGUGGAACGUACUCCUAUGUCCGUGUGUCCUGCUACCAGUACUGUAGUAGGAUGUGCUGAUUGAGAAGUGGAACGUACUCCAACCACCCUGUCGAUCUGUGUUGGUACCCAACAAUCCCAUUCUACUCUGCAUUCCAUCCACUAUUGUCUCCAAAUGUUUAGUGCCAACAUGGCUCUCCGUUGUGGGCUACUAAACAGUGUAUCUGUAGUAGUCACUUUGCUGACUGGGAAGAACUACUGUACUAUGUCAACUUUUAUUUCAGUUCAUUUCUUUAUUACAAUGUGUCCAUCCGCCAUCAAACUAACCUCCAUCUUGGUGUGUAAUUACUGAAGAAAACCCACCUGACUUUCACACAUCACCUUGCAGUAAUAUUACACUAUUUACAUCAGAAAAUCAACUCAAUCUCCCUGUUGUGCUCUGAUAUGAAAGGCAGUGUAUUUAACCAUCAGAAAAUGGUGGUAUAUUAUCCCAGUAACUUGUAUUCAUUCCCCUCAUCUUAACCCGUAGCAAUAGACUGCGUUGUGCUGACUUCUGUCAUACUGCACAGAGACAAUGGUAUCAGUUCAGACUCACUAACCUCACUGAAACUGUACACAACGUUUUCACUGUUUAAAUAUAAAUUCAUUUCAUGUACAACACAGUUGACCAAUCAGAGAUCAAUAAAGCUUAUUUUUAUUGGUGAAUGUCAGAAGCAAAUGGAAUUCCACAACUAAGUAAACAGUGAUGGUCCAAACAGCACUGCGACUAUUAUUACAAUCAAUGUCUCACUUAAACAGUUGCUAAUCAAGUGUACAUUAUAUUGUUAAAUAAACCUAAUUUUCAGUGUAAA